CAGACCCUACAGGUAUAUAUUUUUCCUUGCUCUCUUGUGUCGCAGACACGUUCGCAGAGAAUAAGGGCUGUCAUGGCUGGUCGUUCGUCCUCUCUGGCUGCCUACAUAGUUACCUUGAUGAUACUUAUCCAUACACAUAUCAGUCAGGCUGCAAACACUGGAUGCGGGUUGCCAGAGUCAUUUGCUGGGUCUUGUGACAAAGAUGUGAUUCCUGAUACCUACUCAGUUACCCAGCAUGUUCUUCCAGGAACUAAGUGCAGACUUUCGGGAGCCGUGCGAGUCAUGCUAUGUAACGAAGACAGCACGUGGACACAUGAAUUUGAUGUCCGGAAACAAACCGCAAUAACCAGACAGAAACGUCAAGUGGCGGCAAUAAUAAUGGCAGUAACUGGACUCAUUACUGGAAUAGGACAAGUGGUCUGCAUGUUUGUUUGCAAAAAGAGCCCUCCACCAAACGCGCCCCCAACGAUCACCUGUCCACGCGUGAGUGAUGAGAUAGCAGAGACGGGUAAGACAACAGCACAUGUGACAUGGGCUCAACCUACUGCUGAAGACCCAGAGGAUGGGAGCAAAGGAGUGCAACUUAUUGCGGGAAAAGAUCCCGGAAGUGAGUUUGACGAAGGUGCCCAUUUCAUACAAUACAAGACACAGGACAACGGAGGGCUCACUGCAUCCUGUACAAUACAAUUCAAUGUCAAAGUGCAACGUUGUUCCCCGAUCCACUGGCCGAGUACGGGGAGAGUGGAGUGCGACAAGAGAGAGAUUUCUGGGUCCAAGUGUAAACUAUACUGUGAUGAGGGAUACGAGCCAGAUGGUGCGACUGAAUCCGUCUGUAACAAGGAGACAUGGAGUACUUCUUUCAAGUGCACAGAAAAGGAGUGUCCGACAAUACCUAAUGUGACAAACGGGAAUAUAUAUUGUAUGGGAAACCCGCCAACAUACAAGACGAUGUGUACACUAUCUUGCAAAAGGGGCUACUCAACUGAAGGACCACCAAUGAUCAUUUGCAACAAGAAGGGCGAGUUUUCGCCACCUGGAAAAUGCAUAGAUACCAAACCACCGGAGUUUAUUGACGGUUGUCCCCCUGACGUUGAAGAGUAUGCUGAGCAGAAAGGUGGAGCAAGGGUGGUGUCUUGGGCAGACCCAGCGACCAAGGACAACUCUGGCGUGGCCCCAACAGUGAAGGGCACUCCAUCGACCGGGCACGCCUUCACUUUGGGUCGAACACCUGUCCAUAUUGUUGCUACUGAUCAGGACGGGAACACAGCAUCUUGUACUUUCACCGUUAACAUCAAAACUCUGGUUUGUGACGAUCCCAAGUUAGACAAGUCUGGAAGAGACCUUCUCAUGUACACGUGUUCUGAUGGCAUGACCUAUGGAGACUCUUGCACAAUGUCCUGCAAAUCGGGCUACCCACUGGAAGGCUCCAGCAGGAUUUUGUGCAAUAAAAGACUUGGUUCUGGUACACCUCCAAGAGUUCAUUGGACAUGGCCAGAUGAUACUCUUGAACCCUACUGUAAAAUCAACAAGUGCCCGGACCUCAAUGAACCUCUGAAUGGUGCCCUAGCAUGUGACCGAUGGAAUCAUGGGAAAAUGUGCCAAAUGCAGUGUAAUGAGAAGUUCGAUGUGCCAAGAACUGUGCCCGCCCAGUAUGUGUGUGGGGAGUCGGACGGCAUGUGGCGCCCAAGUGACAACAUACAGGACUGUACAGUGAAACGUCGCCCUGGAUCUAUGAAUAUGCCCUCUGAGCUGUAUUACUACAGCGGAGACUGCCCUGAUGAUGCAGCAAACAAACAGAUUAGGGAGAACUUCAUCAAGAUGCUGAAGGCCAACCCUUUGUUCAAAGAAGAGUGUGGCGGAACGGUACCAGACUGCAGGGCCGAGUUCGUCAGCGUUAAAUGCGGUGCAAUAUCUGGCCGUAAACGUGACGCCAAUGUCAAUGUCAAAGUUGAAUUUAACGUCAUAUUGCCAUACAGGGAGAACGGUCAAAACACGAGCGUUGUCGUCAAGUCAUACGAGACUGCAUUCGACAGAAUCAAGGGUGCGAUAGAUAAGGCUGUUCAGUCUAAAAGCCUCGAUGUUGGAGUUCCAGGGUUGGAGCUGCAGGAUGAUUCCUACGCUCCUGGCAUUCCAAAUUUCUACUGUGGGAAGGGCAUGACAUCAAGUUAUGGCACUGCUUCAUGUGCCGGCUGUCCAUCUGGUACUUUGUACAACGAAACUGCGGACAGUUGCGCUGAUUGUCCCUUAGGAUCAUACCAAGACAGUGGUUUUGCUUCGAUGUGUUUGAGAUGCCCAGAUGGCUUUUCUACAAAGUCCACAGGCAGCAGGAGAAAGGAAGAAUGUUUAGCUAUGUGUGAAGCAGGGUGGUCUUCUGGGUCCGGUCUUUUACCGUGUAGUCCCUGUCCAGUUGGGACCUUUCAAGAGAUGCGUGGUAUGACGGCAUGUAAAUCGUGUCCAGUUGGGCAGUCAACCUUGAAUCAGGGUACCAACAGCAUUCAGAAUUGUGAAGAUUUCGAUAUCUUUGUAACGAAAUCUAAGUCGGGCCAUUCUGGAACAGUUAAGGCUGAUUUGGCGUCCCUAUCAAUGUUUUUCUGGAUAAAGAUACAGGGAAACGGUAGUUUGAAGGUGGAGAUUUCAGACGAGCAUGAUGCGGAGAGGUUUCAUGUCAACAUUGCGGAUACAAUUAUGGUUAGAACAGGAAGUGGCUUAGUGGAUUCAGGUUUGUCUGCAAGGAAAAAUGACUGGAUGCACAUUAUUACGACGGUUGACACAAGCACGAAAGAGCUCACUAUCUAUAUUGGCGGAAAACAGGCGUUCACAAAAGUACUUAACAGCAUCGCAUCUCCAAUGGUCCUAAACGGGAGUACUGUCUCACUGACCUCCGACACAAAAGCUACCGUCAGUAGUUUCAACAUACUUGGACGGAUGUUGACAAGUAGUGAGGUCGUAGAAGUCGCUUCCGGGUGUGGCGUCCAUGUCCAUGACUCCUCCUUCGAGGUUAACCCCGAGGGAUUAAUUGUACCUAGCACCUGUGAUUCUGUUAACGAAUGCAUGUCGAGUCCCUGUGGCAACCACACCUGUGUGAACGAGGUGGGCAGGUACAGGUGUGACUGUUCACAUGGCUACUCUGGACGGCAGUGUGAGGUACCCCCUGAUCACUGUCUACAUCACAGCUGUCAGCACGGAGCACGGUGUGUCAACGACUACUCCAACUACACAUGUGUCUGUGGCCUGGGGUACCGGGGACGACUAUGUGAAGAGGUUAUUGUGAACGGUGGGUGGAGUUUAUGGUCUGACUGGGGUGAAUGUAGCGUGACCUGUGGAGGAGGAGUGAUGACCCGGAACCGGAAGUGUAGCAGUCCCUCACCUGAUCCGGAUGGGAAACCAUGUGAAGGAGCUGAGACCUUGUCCGACAAUUGUAAUGCACAUGAGUGUCCAGCAUGUAGGCAUCUCCUGAGGUCAUACGGUGUCGAGACACACUGUAACACGACUGACGACUUGAUCCAGUGCUCAAUCUCGUGUCGGGAUGAUCUGAUGUUCGUCAAGCCGGUGCUGCCGCUGUACGAGUGUGGACGGAAGACCAACUACACAUGGACUCACCAAACGGAUGACAACCCUCAUGCAAGGCUGCCGGCGUGUUCUGCUGUAGCAAGUGCCCGGGGCUACAGCAUACAUCACCAAGUGGAGUACCCAUCCCUAUCCUGUGACACUACUGAACAAACCAAGUCCUCCCUGACAACACAGCUCCUUGCCAAGACAAAUACACUGAAGUGUAUUGAGGACAACUCCUGCCAGACUCGGGUAGAAUUCUGUCCCGGUACCUCCAGAAGAAAGCGUUCCACUGGUGCCCCCGUUACAAUUGUGAUGACGUCAAACAACGACAGUGUUCCUCCUAUGAACAUAUCGCUGGUAUUCAGUGAUAAGUCACGGUCCGGGCAGCUGAAGGCGUACUUCACUCACGUGGCCACGUUUGAGAUAUCAGCCCAGCAGCUCGUCAACAACAGCAAAACGAUAUUCACAGUCAACCUGGGGGGCAGGACGUACACGGUGGACCCCUCCAGUGGUACCACAGCUGUGGACAUCAACUGCCCUCCCGGAACCAUCCCUACAGAUGCUGCUGGGCUUUGUGGUGAAUGUCCUGCUGGGUCGAGAGAAGAGAACAACGUAUGCGUCCUGUGUGGGAAAGGUUCCUACCAAAACCACCCUGCCAGUAUGACGUGUACUCCGUGUCCGUCAGGAACGACAACUCCAGGUCUCGGAGCAACAUCCGAUAAUGAUUGCAGUACCGAUGGUGACCACUUUUCUCCCAGUUCUGAUGUUGAGGAUUCAACAAACACGACGUUGGCUAUUGUGCUUCCUACAGUGAUAGCUCUGGUGCUGAUCGCUGUAGUCAUUGUGGUGGCUUUUAAGGUUAAAAGCACCAGAGAGAAGAGAAGUGGCAGCACUGUUUGGCCCAAGAAAGACAAGGUAGAUUCUUCUCCUCUUCCUCCACCCUACACUCCCAGUCACGUGGUUAUGGACCCAGGGAACGUGGGAGCUGCUUGGUACCCACAGCAAACAGCCCCCUCAAACUCAAGCAUGUAUCCGGUGAAGCACCCCCCACAGUUAGAUGUGACAGCUGAGUAGGUCCUAGAUAGCAGAUGGGCCUAACAAACACGCCAUUGUUAUAAUGGCCAUAACGCUCAAUGCGUGCGUGCAUCUGUGGAGUAUGCAAAACAAUUAUUUGGGUGCAGUGUAUUCUAGUUAGUGGCAUAUCACAUGUCUAUAAUAGUAACAAUGUUUUCUUUCGGAUUUUUAUUUCACCAUGGAUUAUUUUUAACAGAAACAAAUGCAUUGUGUUGUAAUGUGGCAACCCGUUUUUUUCAACAUGUAUUACCGAGUUACUCAUUUACAUUAUUUCUAUUCAUGGCACAAUUAAUUGUCAAAUGCAUUAACAACCCGCUGUCAUAACCUUAAAUAAUGAUGUGUGCUGCGCAUACCAAACAGACAAACAAACAAAACUAGAAUUAUUUGCAUCCAGAAUUAUGGACUUACAGAAUUCUAAGACGCCGUAAUUGGCUGUGCAGAGUUGCGUUCCUGGGGCACGCCAGACACCUAUGAUUUUGGGUUCGAAUUCCGGUUCGUCCCGAUUAUGUUUCUUUGUUUGUCGACACCUGUGCUCGAGGGUUUCA